CUAAACGUAGGAUGGGACUUAAGUUGAACGGCAGAUACAUUUCACUGAUCCUCGCGGUGCAAAUAGCGUACCUGGUGCAGGCCGUGAGAGCAGCGGGCAAGUGCGAUGCGGUCUUUAAGGGCUUUUCGGACUGUUUGCUCAAGCUGGGCGACAGCAUGGCCAACUACCCGCAGGGCCUGGACGACAAGACGAACAUCAAGACCGUGUGCACAUACUGGGAGGAUUUCCACAGCUGCACGGUCACAGCCCUUACGGAUUGCCAGGAAGGGGCGAAAGAUCUGUGGGAUAAACUGAGAAAAGAAUCCAAAAACCUCAACAUCCAAGGCAGCUUAUUCGAACUCUGCGGCAGCGGCAACGGGGCGGCGGGGUCCCUGCUCCCGGCGCUGCCGGUGCUGCUGGUGGCCCUCUCGGCAGCUCUAGCGACCUGGCUUUCCUUCUGAGCGCGGCGCCGGCUGUCCCCCCGCGCCCACCCGCACUCACCCCGUGCUCCCGGAAACCGAGAGGAAGAUCCAUUCGUUCUUUGGGGACCUCGUGAUUCUCUGUGAUGCUGAAAACAUUCAUAUAGGAUUGUGGGAAAUCCUGACACUCUCUUUAAUUUCGUUUGAUUUCUUGUGUUUUAUUUGCCAAAUGUUACCAAUCAGUGAGCGAGCAAGCACAGCCAAAAUCGGACCUCAGCU